ACUUACCGGGUAGCCCGGCUCACGCCCUUUAUAUAGGGCCUGCGCGCUUCCAGGGUUAAGAAGGACUUCCAUGACAAGCGACCACCCCUAACAAACGCAAUAGAAGAGACCUAAAUUGGCGUUUCGGUACCCCUAAAUCCAGAUCUAGAUCUAGAUCUAACAACCCUGAACCUUGUCUCCUUAUUUUAAUUAAUUAAUUUGGUUCUUCAGAAUGAACAAUUAAAGUUGAGAUUUCUGUGUGUGUGUGGUUGUUGUGCUGAACUAUCCAUGUGUAUCCAAACUGUAAUAGGCAUCACACGUAGAAUGUUUCUUCUCCUUUCAGACCUUUUUGACCAUGCAGAACGAGAACAAGCCAUUUUGCGCCGUGUGCCGGAAGCAGCUGAACUCGGCUGACCAGUAUUCUGCUCACAUCGGCGGGGCCGGCCACAAGAGGAAAGUGAGGGAGCAGAUUUUAGAGGAGCGCUCAAACGGAGAAAACUCUGCUUCUGAGGAAGGGCCGACUCAGAAGAAGAUUGUCUUGCCGAUUAAACCCUUUGUACGCAGUGAGGAGCAGCAACGAACUGACCAGAAAGAGAAUAUGGAUUCUACCUGCUCGAGCCAGGCAGUGGACGGAACAAAUAAUUCGUUGUCGGUUCUUGAUCGGUGCAAGACCAUAGGGCCGAAGCAGGAGAUCGUAGACGGGUCGCUCCGAUGUGACGUGUGCAAUGUGUCGAACACGUCCCAGCACCAGGCUCAGGCCCACUAUGCCGGCAGCAAACAUCAGAGGAACGUUGCCAGAAAGCAAGGUUUGGAACCUGAUAAGACGCAGCCUGCUCCAGGUGGUAAAGAGGUGGUGGUGUGCAGCAGUCUGUGGGACCUGGAGAGACUCAUGAAGUUUGCCCAGAACAACUACCAGCCGCCCGCCGCCCCAGCCAACAACGCCGGCGAUGACAAAAGUCCCUCGGGGAAGGCGGAGAUCACAGCCGGGCGGGAGGAUUUGUGGAUGCGCAGCAAGGACGUGAUGUGUAGCAUGUGCGUGGUGAGGCUCACCUCCAAAGCGCUGGCCGUGGCGCACUUCGAGGGUUCCAAGCAUCAGAAGCGAGCCGAUCGAAGUCAACAGGUGAACAGAGGCGACCAGGAGGCGUGGUGCUCUGUGUGCCUGGUGCUACUUGGCUCCCCUAGUGCAGCUGGCACCCACUACCUGUCCGAGAAACACAUGGCCAAGGUGCGACUGGCCAAACGCCUCGGGCAAGUGGACCCCAGCUUUGCUGCCCGACUGAACCCUCCCCCGGCCCCCCCGACCGGCCCCCCAGCUCCCAGGAAGAAAAGGAGCGGCCCUCCGUUCCCCAAGCCCGGCAGCUUCCACGGGGGACCCCUGGCCAAGAAGGCCAACUACUCUGGUGGGCCUGGCGCUGGCAAACAGUUUGGAGGAACAGGUCCCGGCAAACCGGCGUCAGCACAGCUGUAUUGUACCUUCUGUAAAGUCUCGGUCAACUCCCAGGGCCAGAUGGACGCUCACCGCACAGGUUCGAAACACAUGCAGACCGUGGCCAUGAUGUCAGGGGUGGGCGGUGGUGGACCUCCCAAAAAACCCGCCCCGUCGUUCAAAGGUCCCCAGCGCCAGGCUCCGCCCCCUCAGCAGUUCGGGGGUCAAAGGUUCCAAGCCAGCAACAGCAACGCUCCACAGUACCCCGCGUUCCCCGCACAAGGUCCCGUGGACAGCUACGCCUUCCACUCUGACUCUGGCGCAGCGUUCCCGGACACGGGACCACAUUUUCCCGCCAGUCUGGCACCGCACAACCCUCGGCUGGCCGCCGGCUUCCCUAUGGCAGACACGAGUGGGUGGGGCCAGGUGUACCCAGACUACCAGCAGUAUUCAUGAACCCCCCCCGCCACCCCCGCCUCAGGAAGACUUUAUUGUUGAUAUUGGUGACCAGGCGCUGUGGAAGAGACUCCUCAGGGCAUGAGUUAAAGGGCAAGCAAGGUUGCAAAAUAAUUCUCUUCUAGAAUCCAUUCCCUUACUGGCUGGUAGCUCUCUGGGCAAACAGGGCGUUGUAGUCGUGGAAGACCCAAGCGUUUCUUCCUUUUGUAUGGACCAGGUUUUGUGUCUGGAAGGGCCGCCUUCACUUAACCCUAUCCGUACGUCGUGUUUUACUAUCGUAUCCAUACGACGGGGGGAACUCUGUGCCACCA